GAAAAACGUAUUUCGUUAUUCAUCGAAAAACGAUUAUCAUAAAAUGUGGAAUAUUACAAAGCAUACAUUAAUUUCAAUGAUAUGGAUUCCUAUGCUUCAAACCUUAUUCAUCGAAGAAGGACAAGCUGCGUGUAUUGUGGGCUACCUGUGGGAUCAAACAAUCCAGAAAUGUAUACCCUGUGGUCCUGGAUAUUAUGGAAAGAACUGUGAAGACAAAUGCCCGUUUCCACUUUAUGGACUAAAAUGUUUUUUAAGCUGCAACUGUGCUAAGAGAGUGUGCCAUCAUGUGGAUGGUUGUAAACAACUUCCAGAUGAAUAUACCAAGACAUCGGCGCCUAUUUCUUUUGAAAGAAGUACCAUACAAUCACCGUCAACGAUAGCAUCCAGUCAAAAAACGGGUAUGUUUGAAGAUACGAUGUUCGACACAAAACAAAAUCAAACGAUGCUUCAUCCAACAAACACAACAGAAAACAAGUGGGUACGCUCCGUUAUGUUCGGAAUAAUCGGACUAGCAGCAGUGUCAUUUUUCUUGACAAUGAUAUACCUCUACACACAUAAACAGUGGAGACGUCAAAUUACCACGAGGACCUUAUAGUGGGUUUAAAUAAAAGUGAAGCAAUUCAGACUUUAAUUGUUUUUAUACUGGAUAUAGAAGCAACUGGAUUAAUGCAUAAUUGUAUUGCUCUGAGGACUUUAUACCGGGUAUAGAGACAAAUUGAACAUACAGAAUGUUUUGCUAUGACUACUUUGGUCGAGAUGUGAUCAAAUCCAAUAAAGCCCGAAUCGCUUUAUGAUAGAUUUGAUCACGUCCCGACAGAAAUUAUCACCAUAUAAUAUUCAAAUAAUGAUUCCUUAACUACUUAUAUUUAUAAAACUUUAAGGCAUCGUACGAUUAAAUAUUUAAAUAUAAAUAAGCAAACCCCGCUGGCACCUAUAUUUGGCGUCAUUUAAAGUUAUUGGUUAUGUAGUACAACAUUGAUAAGUAGUGUUAUCACAGGCAAAUACACUGGAAAAUGUAAAUAUAAUGAAAUAGUUCCAUGUUUAGAACUAACGAUUCCUAACCGUGAAGCGCUGAGCAUUGUGUCAUUUAGUUUAUUUUUUCGUUGAAUGCAACUAGAUUUGAUUUGUCAGCUUGCUCGUAUUGCAUAUCAUUGAUAUAAAUAUAUCGAGUAAAACCAUUUAAACAUCGUUUCCCGUGUAAAGUACUUCUAUUUUAUCUUAUAACGUCAACAGCAGAAUCCUGAAAAAAGAAACGACAACCUGCCAUUGGCUAAUAUAUUUAGUGAAUUAGAAUUUGUAUUUAAGUUGUCUAAAUGUUUCUAUUCUGAAUCAUUCUUACAUUGUUUGAAACGUGCCUACGUUUAAUAUGUGGGUACAGGAUUUUAUUUUUUGUGUGCAAUGUGUUUUUUUAAGGAUUUAAUUAAUGACUAAAGUUGCUCAGUUGACAAUUUGAAUGAUUUAUUUAAAUGAAAUUGCUACUACGGCACGCGAUGCAUGGAUAAAACAAUCAUUAAAUUCUUUUUUUUUUCGGCAAUAGUUGUGGCUAGUGUCUGGAUAUAUCGCUGUAAUAUAGUCUACAAGUAACCUACAGCAGAUUUUAAAAGCGAAACAAAUAUACACUAAUGAUACUUUUAUAUAUUAUGUUACAUUCGAGACACUUUGGAACUGUAAUUUUACGUUGAUGAAACUUAUAAA